AUGGCCUUAGUGCGAUGCGAAGACAUGGAGAUCAAGACUUCUCACCCCCGUCGAAGCGACACAGAGAUCGAUCAGGAUAUUCAGAGAGACAUCGAUCGACAUUCUUCAAGACCGAAGAAUUCGGAAGGAAGAACUCAUGGGUUAGAUCAUUCUAGAACUAUAUGUGUAAGAAACAUUUCAUCUAAGUUGAGUGCUGAUGUUGUUGAACAAUGUGUGUACCGGGAACUAGGAAAGUAUGGAGACCUUUCUAUCAAUGUUGGGCAUUUGGGUGGCGAACGCGUCGCUCUGGUUACAUAUCAAUAUUCUGAAGACGCACAAGAAGCUCUUUGUGAUAGCCCAAUAAUUUACAUACUUGAUCGUCCUGCAAAUGUUACCUCAUUAAUUGAUAUUUCUAGUGAAGGUGAUACGCGUAAAGUAAUUGCCAGCAAAAAACGUCAAGAAGGAGUGGAAGCCGAAGAUAUUAAUGACCGACGACAUCUUAUGCACAAUAUUUCCGGCAAAGUCCAUCAGGUACUACAAGCCUACUUGGUAUGCCUGGAAUGA